AUGGGGGGUGUUCCAUCCAAGCCCGGUGACCCGUCGAGGCCGCUUGAGGUCAUUGGAGCUGGAUUCUCACGAACGGGUACGAUGUCGAUGCAACUCGCCUUGGAGGAACUACUCCGAGGCCCCGUUAUGCACGGCGCAACGCACAUACUGUUCCGCGAAGAUUCCUUUGGGAAGAAAUGGACCCAGGUCUACGAGGCCCGCGAGGCAGGAGAGAAAGCCAGGACGCUCAAGCUCCUGCGCGAGCUGGUGGCCGGGUUCGCCGGGGUCACCGACCUGCCGGCCAUCGACUUCGUCCCGGAGCUCCUGGAGCUGUACCCGGACGCCAAGGUCGUGCUCGUCACGCGCGACCGGGACAGGUGGUGGGACAGCUUCGGAAAGGUGCUGAACAUGGCGCAGCUGCGGUUCCUGUCCGUGCUGGCGGCCCCGAUGCCCGGCCUGCGGUGGUUUCCGGGUACCGUGGUGCACUGGCACAAGGGUGCUUCUAGGCUCAUGGGGGAGAAGAAGGGCCCCGGGACGCCCCUUGGACCAGAGCUUAUAGAGCUGCAUAAUGACAUGGUCAAGUCGAUCGUGCCACCUGACCAAUUGCUGGUGAUGAGCAUGAAGGAGGGUUGGGACCCUCUUGCCCGAUUCUUGGGCAAGAAGACGCCGGAGAAGCCAUUCCCUCGUGUCAACGAUGCUGAGGCCGCUGAGACGGUUGCCAAUGGAAUCAUCGUGAAGUGUCUGCUUGUAUGGGCGGGCAUAUUCGCAACAGGGGGUAUAGGUAUCUAUGCGGCAAGGUGUUUGAUCAAGCGGUAG